AUGUUGACACUUAAUCGUUACCCAGGGCUUUGUUUGACAGUAAAAGACAUCACGAUCUUUUGAAUCUCCUUACUAGACACCGGAUGGAAACAAAACUUGUCCACUUCUGAGAUUUCAUUAUCUGGAACAAUGGCCAAUAGAGGGGCCAGAUUGUGAACGUCCAACAGGGACCGGGAAGCCUCAGAAAAAAUUUGGGAUCGGUAAAUCAACUUUAGGUGAUUAUAUCUAUGCCUUUAAGGCAUGAUACAAGACACAUCUACUACAAUUGCUUUUAAGCAAGAUCGAAAGGGCUGAAAGUAUUUCUGAACUCUAUAAAGAAAUAACUUUACUAGACGCUAUCAACUGGAUUGCCAAGGCAUGUUCUGAGACAGCCCCAUUGUCACUUACAAAGUGUUUCAAAACCACCGGCCUUCCUGUGACUGACAAAGAAGAAGAUGACUACAAAGAUGAAGACGACAAUUCGCUGUCGCUUCUUGCUCAACAGUUGAGAGUCAAUCAGUCAAUCUUGCAAAACAUUGAACCACCAACAGAAGAAAACAUUGGGGACUGGGAAACAGACCUGAUAUCAAGCUUUACUGAACCAAUGGCUGAAGAGUCAAAUGAACAGUUUGUCCAUGAUGAUGAGGAGAAGCAUGUUGAUGUUCCUGGCAGUAAUCUUUCACAUAAAGAAGUGCUUGAUAUAGUCACUAAGUUAAAAAAUGUUGUGGUUCAUGAAGAUUUAUUGCCCUCCGAUAAGUUUUACUAUCCAUGGCCUUCUGCUGAGCUGACUGCUAUUUAUAGACCAUUCUACUUGAAUGAUCUUGAAGAAGCACUUAUUCCAUCCCCUGUGAGAAAAGUGGUCUUUGUCCAAGUCAACCAAACCUACGAAGAAACAGACUGGAUACUAGAAGUGGCCAAAGAAAGUUCAACAAUUGUUGGAGUAGUUGGAUGGGUUGACCUUACUGAUCCAAAGGUUGAUGCUGUUCUAGACAAGUAUAUGAAGCAUCCAAAAUUUAAGGGGGUGAGAAACAUCUUAGAAGGGGAACCAGAUGAUUGGUUGGGCAGAGAGUCUGUUCAGAGAGGUUUAGGAUUUCUAGAGGAAAGGGGACUGACGUACGAUUUACUUGUAAGGACAAAACACUUGGAUUUGGCUAAUAGUGUGGUUCAAAAGUUUUCAAACCUUCACUUUGUUGUUGACCACGCUGCAAAACCAGAAAUUAAAGAUGGCAAGGUAGCUGCUUGGAAAAAGGGAAUGGAAAUUUUAUCUCAAAAUCCCAAUGUUUUUUGUAAAAUAUCGGGACUAGUGACGGAAGCUUCUCAUGAAAAUUGGACAGUUGAAGACUUAAUUCCUUACGCAAAGCAUGUGACUUCCGUAUUUGGAGCGCACCGAUGCAUGUUUGGCUCUGAUUGGCCAGUUUGCACGAUGGCGAGGGACGCGUCAUACCAGAAAACUUUUCAAGCUUACCUCCAUUGUGUUUCACAUCUGACGGAGGAAGAGAAGCAGGCGAUUUUCUGUGAAAAUGUAGUGAAAUUUUAUGGACUUACAUCUAGUAGUUAUUGCAAAUGAGAAGACUUACCAUUUCAAUUCCGUCAGUAGUGUUCCAUAAUCCUUUCUUCAAACUAUUUCGAGCAGUUUUUUUAAGUAUCACUAAAUGUGAAUUCUAUGACUAACAAAGCCUGAAAGAUAAAGGCGAAUUAGAAAGAAUAAUUAAGUCACUACACGAAUCUAAUUUGAAAUUUCAGUUGUCCAAAAACCACACUCCUCACGGAAUUGUUUUCUCUCUAGUACCUAUAAGUGAUGGCAUUUUAGCUUAAAACAGACGUGUCAGGUCAAAGUAGUUUGUACGCAGCUUUCUAGAUUUUAAUUAGUACUCACGAAGGUACAAUGCACAAAUAACGCGUAAGGCAUAAUUCUUAUAAUGUGGAUUUCACAUUCACAGUCUAAAAAUUGGUUUAAUUGUUGGCCUUAAUCUCGUUACCACAAGCGCCGCGAGAGUAUGACCACAAUAUCAUCCUUAAUUAAGAUCAGCUUUUGUGUUUUAUCUGCUUUUUUUCAGUAGUUUAUUAUUAAUUUUUUUUAACAUCUCUAAUUUAGUAGACGUUUGUAUGAUGAAGGUGUUUUGCUGUAACUAUUUAGUAUAUGUGCUAUCUCCUUAAGUGUAUUUAACUUUCAUCCAUCCGUAACUGCUCUGUGGUAGUUGCC